AUGAACACUUUAGUAUCAUUCUUCAAAUCAUUUGGAGUUAAUUCUCUUAUAAACAGAAGGUCUAUUUUUCUGCUCACAGAAUUUAAUUGCCUUGAUAACAGUGAAUUGGGUCAGAAAACCAGCCGAUAUCGAAAGCCGUAUUUAAUUGGUUUUUAUCGUAAACGAAGAACUGCAGAUAUUGGUGACAUAAUUAGAGUUGCUGUUAAAGGAAAACCUUGCAAAGCUUUAGUAGUAACAACAAGAAAGCAAAAACAAGAUAUGAUACCUAGAUACGAUAGAAAUAAUAUAGUCUUACUUGAUGAUAAUCUUGUGCCACUUGGUGGAAAGAUCAAAGGACCUAUAUCAACUGAGCUAAGAAAGUAUAAGGAAAAGUAUCCAAAAGUUUUUCCUCAAAUAAAAAAAUAUGUUUAA